CCAAAUUUCUAUCCCUCUCGCCUAUUAUUCCACCUCCUGCUGAACCCGACCUGGUUCACCCUCCCCAAACCUUCCCACUCUUCAAAGGAAAUUUUCAAACACUCUUAACAGCCCUCACUUCCCUCCCGCCUCUAUCACAACCAGUCAUCUUACCUCACAGACUUUCUUCGUUUCUUCACUUGUGCGACGACGCGCCCGCCCGCAUUUUGUGUAACUUGCCACCACCAACCUACCUUCCUACCUACACGCGAAGAGAGGGGAAAACUUGCACCGAAUUUUUUACUCGCUCCAACCCAUCGAUCCUUCCCGAAAUGUCUUCCCCAGAGGCCCGUGCUGGUGUCAAGCGACCCCGCACCCAGUCGCUUCCGCCCCCGGCCCUCCCUCAGCUGGUAGCUGAGCAGCACACGCCCAUCCCUCCGACCGACAAGGACUCUCAGCGCCUCAUCGUCGUCCUGUCAAACGCCAGCCUGGAGACUUACAAGGCCUCCCACGGCGGCACUGGUCGCAAUGGCGUCCAGCGCGAGGAGAAGUACUCGCUGCUCAACAGUGACGAGCACAUUGGAGUCAUGCGCAAGAUGAACCGCGACAUAAGUGACGCGCGCCCGGAUAUUACUCACCAGUGCCUCCUUACCCUACUCGACUCACCCAUCAACAAGGCCGGCAAGCUCCAGAUCUACAUCCACACCGCCAAGGGUGUCUUGAUUGAGGUCUCGCCCUCGGUCCGUAUCCCGCGUACCUUCAAGCGUUUUGCCGGUCUUAUGGUCCAGCUGUUGCACCGCCUGUCUAUUCGCUCGACCAACUCGCAGGAGAAGCUUCUGCGCGUUAUACAAAACCCCAUCACUGACCACUUGCCGCCCAACUGUCGCAAGGUCACCCUCAGUUUCGAGGCGCCUCUGGUCCAUGUCAGGGAUUACAUCGACACACUCGGCCCCAAGGAAAGCGUCUGCGUCUUUGUGGGUGCCAUGGCUAAAGGCGCCGACACCUUUGCCGACGGCUUGGUGGACGAGAAGAUUUCGAUUAGCAACUACAGCUUAUCCGCCAGCGUUGCUUGUAGUAAAUUCUGUCAUGCUGCCGAGGACUCCUGGGACAUUCAGUAGCCGUGUCAAGUACGUUUUUGUUACCGUUGAUCUACCCGGGCAACGAGGGUAAGCGGCAGAGGAAAAGACGUCAAAUAGCACGCAAGUGGUGGUCUCGAGGAGCAUGGAGCUACCUUGCGUCCAUCCACGAUCAAACCGAAAGCCUGGGGAGGCUAGGUAGCUUGUGGGCAUUACGAUGCAGCAUUGUAGCGCCCACUCGCACGCAUCCUUGUAAACCUGGGUCACCUGUACUUUGCGUUGUCGCUGUUUUUGCAACCAAAACUGGAGCGUCCAACCAAGGGUCCAAGACGCUUUUGUCGUCUAGGCGGCAACGAUUUGAACCUGGUCCAUUGUUCUCUUGUUUACCCCCGCCACAUUUGGAUUCUGGCUACUGUUGGCCAUAAGUACUGGUAGCAGUCUCGGUGUGCCUUGUUGCAUUCGGCGAGUGUCGUGCGUAGCAGGGAAGCCUCAUGCGAUAACUUUCUGCAUAAAACGAUUAAACGUGCAGAUAAUACGGGCUUGCGUAGGUUGGAAGGGGAAACGUCCAAGGUCGGAAACAGUGGCGGUGAAUGGCGGGAUUUUGCCAUGCUAUCGUGUUUUACUAUAUUGUUAGUUACUAUCACGGCCUGUAGUAAGUGCUAACCAGACUUGUGAAAUCAAACAUCUGCGAACGAGAAUGAACGCUUCACGCAAUGUGACAUUUCCUACAUGUGUCUGGGAGCAGACUUACGUGACGGGUGAGCCUCGGGCCAAGGGGAAAAGUCUGAGAAGGGGGUAAGUUGCGGUCGACUAUGGCGUUGCUUGGUUGAUGAAUCAAUCGACAGGUGGCUGGUUGCGGAAUG